AGAGCCAGCUUGAGCAUUGGGAGGUUCAUCCACAGGGGAGUACAGCCUUCAACCACUGGCAAACAUGAUGACGAUGAAAGUAGAAGAGCUGGUGACCGGGAAGAAAACUGAUGAUAAAGAGAGUGGCAGCUUCCUCCCUGAGGACUUCAAAACCGGAGAGUAUGAAGCUGCCGUAAAAUUAGAGAAGCAAGAUGACCUAAGGACAGCCUCUGAUCACCUAUCGACCCAAGUAGAUAUGGCUCACGGGAAGGAGAAGAAGCGUGAGGCAGAGCUGAAAAAGAAAAAACUACAGGAGAGAUCAAAACUUGAAAGCUUGGAGGACCUUGAAAAAAUUAUUCAGCUGAAGAAGAAGAAGAAAUGCAGGAAAGUGAAAGCUCCCCUUUUAAAGGAACCUGAACCAGAAGUUAUUACAGGGCCAGUGGAUAUAGCCAUGUUCUUCAGAGCUGCACUGGAGAAUAAGUUGCCAGUAAUUGAAAAAUACUUGUCAGACAAAGGGGAUCCCAACGUCUGUGAUGAGUACAAGCGUACCGCAUUGCACAGGGCAUGCUCUGAAGGACAUUUAGAGGUGGUCAAGAAGUUGGUGGAAGCUGGAGCCCUGCUUGAACUGAAAGAUAUGCUUGAAUCUACUGCCCUGCACUGGGCAUGUCGGGGAGGAAACCUGGAGAUUGUGAAAUUCUUACUGGACAAAGGAAUAAACAGAAACGCAAGAGACAAGCUACGCAGCACCCCUCUGCACGUAGCUGUGAGAACAGGGCAGUACGACUGUGCCGAGCACCUCAUUGCCUGCGAAGCAGACCUCAAUGCCAAAGACAGAGAAGGUGACACACCGAUGCACGAUGCCGUAAGGCUGAACCGCUACAAAAUGGUCCGGCUUCUGAUUCUCUACGGGGCAGAUCUAACCAUUAAGAAUGCCGAUGGGAAAACCCCCAUGGACCUCGUUCUUCAGUGGCAGAAUGGCACCAAAGAGCUGUUCAACAAUCUGAAAAACAACUCCUAUAAGAGCGCCCAUCUAAACAAGUUUUGAAGAGACAAAAGCCAGACUGCUCUUUUUGCUGCUUUUAAAUGCUUCAUAUGAACCCGGAGGAAAAUAGCCCUGAAUGUACUAUAUUUAUUGAAGAUAUUUAUUGUACUAGAUUAUUUGAAACGCCUUCACUGAAAACCAGAAGUCAGGCAGAUUGAGCAUUAAGUUUCCACUGGUUUUAAAAUAGCUUUAUUUAUUCCUAUUUAUUUUAAAGGUAAUUUUUAAUGAUUCUCAGUAUUAUUUUUUUAUAGUUUUAAAUUGCAAUGCAAUCUUUGUCAGCAACAUGAGCCAUUUUGUCUUGAUGGCACUAUUAACAACCUUAGCAACUUCCAUCAAGCCUUCCCACAGCUCUCAAUAGCUAAUAUUUGCAAUUGCUGCCAUGCCUCUGCAAAAUUCUCACUAUCAGAAAACUGUAUUACAUGAGUGGUGAUAUGUGAAAGAGACAAAGAGUAAUGGAAGAAGGUCUGCUGAGACCCCAAGUGGAUUUAAAGGAACAGUUAAGUAAUGAGGUUUACACAUGCUAUAGCGAUUGUGGCUGAUAAAGGGCUCAUGGACAGAGCUCCAUCAUGUAGCCAUAUGGACUGCAGGAUUCAGAUGCAACGUGAUGAAGGUGAGAGGAGACAGUAUUGGGAACGUGGAUUUCUUAAAGCUGGACUCCUGCUUUAAGCUUGGUGAUCAAAGAAUGUAAAAACAGAUGAUGUAUAUUUGUAAAUUUGUACUGCUUUUUCUGUACAUUUUGUACUGACUUAUCUCAGAUUAAAUAGAGUGGUUCUUUGUACUUGCUAGAGGGUAUUAUGGAGCAGUAAGCGUGCACUAGACAGUUCUAUCUCCCAUCAAAGUUCAUACCUUAGCCUCUAAAAUACAUAAAUACUCAAAAAAAAAAAGUCUCAGCUGCCUAAAGCAGCCAGCUCUUGAGCUACCCUCCUGCCACUGUUAGAUAAAUACUGCCUCUUAUUUUUUUCUAUUACGCAGAAACACGCAUACAGAAGCAGAAAGCUGGUACUUAAGUGGCUAGUAAGGUACAAACCUACAGUUUUAUUACCGAGUUUGAUUUAAAAUCCCUGUUUCUCAGCAGUCAGUACUUACUAUGUGGAGCACACAGCUUCAAUUGUCCCAGCCAAGGAAGAUGUGGAGUCCUGCUAGGAAGGAAAGAUAUCUUUCCCUUUGCUUUAGAAGAGGCAGAACAAUCUCAUAGGCCCGCCAGCAGAGACAUUGAUGUGCAAUUUCACUAGGACAUCAAAUGCCAUGUUCAGUUAAAAUCUGAACAUCCCACGGAGCAGCCUCCUAGUGAAAUAUGCCAUGGGCUCCCACAAAGAUUAACCAGCCAGUAAAGCUGGCUUCUAGCCAGCAGACUUUACAGGGUGGCCAAAACAAAGUCCUGGGCAACAGGAAACAAGGUUAGGAACGGAUAGUGAUGAGUAUUUGUUACUGGAACGCCAAUUUUGGAAAUGAAUUUACAAAAACCCCAUAGAGGAGCACGCAGAACAAAUGCCUAUUCUAUCUGCAACCAGCUACCCUGCACUGAAGUGACAGAUUUAAAUAGAUGAGACUUUUCACACAUCAAGCACCGUAAUUUGUGUCACCUGAGAACGCUUUUUUUUCCCCAUAAGAACCAUGGCCUGUCUCUGCUCGCCGUCCUCCUCUGCAAACUACUAUUUCUGUACUUGUUUCUGCACAAUCAUCUGGACACUGGGAGCACAUCUUCCAGGAAACAGAAAUUACAUCAGUGCUGGCUAACUCAUCUUGACUAUCUUAGUAACCGAGCAGCAGUUCAGUGCUCCUGGAAACUGGGAGAAAAAGAAACUUCCCACACAGUUCCUGAAGCACUUUAUCUACUUGAAGAGCAAAGAUGCAGAUGUUACAUAUUCUAGAUGAGGUCAAACAAGUGACAAGUAGGAUAUCUUGCAUUCAAAAACUUCCUUCUGCAUGCUAGUUACAAAACAACUCUUCUUAUGCUCAAGGUUGAUGAGUCUCUGGCCAAGGCAUGGUAGUACACAACUCAUAAAAGUUACACUGAACAGGCACAUUUCCACUGCUUCUUUAUUUGGUUAGAACCUUAUUUUGGAGGCAAGUCCAUAAAUGAGAAGCCACUAUAUGUAAUAUCAAUAAUAUUGAUAUUAUAUCUCAACACGAGUAAUAAAACAGACUCAUAUCAUGAUGAAGUAAAAUAAAAUCAAAGGAAAAACU